AGUUAGUAGAGUUUUAGACGUGACACCGGACGCUACGUAGGCGGUACCAGAAAAAGGAAAUUGUGGUUGUUAAGUGAAAGUGAAACGGAUAGUUGCAGGUUCUUUGCCCUACCCAAAGAUCAUACAAAUAUACGAGUAUCUCAACAUAUCCAUAGAAUUUCGUGAGCGUGUGCGCCAAAUGUACCGCCAGUUACUGGCAAUUACACUAUUUAAUUGCUUGUGAAAGAGUUAAUAACUAAGCCGUCAACGGCGACCUUGGCAGUGUGGAAUAUAGAUCUUAAGAUAAACGCAAUGCACAGUGUUUUGGCUUUGGGCUGUCUGUGCCUUAGCCUGACUUUGAGCUUCGCCAGUCCCCAGCUGAAUCUGCCCACCCCUCAGCCCGAGGUCUUCUAUAAUGGGUACACCCCGAAUGUGGCCACCACUCCGGCCCAGCUUCGAGCGGAUCGGGAUCGCGAUCAGCGCUACGGACCACCUUACUCCGAUGCGGGAAGAGGUGGCGGCAUCGACGACGGACUGGACGACUUUAGGUUCGGCCAGACAGAUGACGAGCGGAUGAGGAUCGGCUAUGCCUAUCCCUCGCCCCGCGUGAACUUCAGUGACUCACCCUUCAGUGGGGCUAGGUUCUCCAACCACAACUACGGACCCAUUUCCAGCACCAGCACCACCGAUCGUAACUACGGCAACGAUGCCAACCUCAAUGGGCGCUAUUCGGAUGUGCCCUACUCCGCCCAGGGAGAGCGUAACCUUAAUCCCAGCGAUCAGUACAACUACAAUAAUAAUCCCAAUGUGGAAUUUGUGGGCAUCAACAAUCGCAAUCGCUUCGAGAAUCCCUUCCUUUCGAACCAGGAUCGUUUCAACCUAAAUCAGGGAUACCUGGAGCGUCAGCGAUAUCAGCAGGAUCGCCGCUAUCAGCAGGAACUGGAGAAGCUGCGCAUCCUGCUGGUGGAGUCGGACCAGAAGGGAUCUCUGGAGUGCACCGCCAAUGUGGCUGCCCAGUGGAACUUCGAGACGAACGUGAAUGAUUUUACCCAAACGGAAGCGCUGAAUGCUCAACAGAGGUAUGUUGAGUUCCAGCGCAUCACUGCCGAGCAAUCCAAGCGAGUCAACAAGGACCUCAUCCUCGACCGUCGCCUCUACAGACAACUGAUGCUCCAGUCGGAAGUGGGACCCAAUGCUCUGCCCCUAGAUGUAUUGGACAGGUACAAUCGCCUGCUCAAUGAGAUGCUGUUCCUGUACAACAGCGCCGGAAUCUGUGCCUACCAGCAGCCCUUUCAGUGCGAUCUUCACUACAUACCCCAGCUGAAGGACAUCAUGGCUAAGAGCAGGGAUUGGGAUGAACUGCAGCACACUUGGGUGGAAUACCACAGGAAAGCGGGACGCGGAAUGCGGGAUAGCUAUGAGCAGUUGAUCGAUGUGAUGCAGGAGGUGGCCUACGUAAACAAUGUUACCAAUGGCGGGGAGUACUGGUAUCUGGCCUACGAGUCAGGUAACUUCCGUCAGGAUAUGGAUAUUGUUUGGGAACAGAUAAGACCUCUUUACGAAGGAUUGCAUGCGUACGUUCGCCGGAAGCUAAGGGAUUACUAUGGUCCAGAUCGGAUAAACCGCAUUGCACCCAUUCCCUCGCACAUUCUGGGCAACAUGUACGGCCAGUCGUGGUCCAAUGUGCUGGACAUUUUGAUACCCUAUCCAGGCCGUAAGCUGAUCGACGUCACUCCGAGAAUGGUGGAGCAGGGCUAUACACCUCAACUGAUGUUCCAGCUGGCCGAGGAGUUCUUCACCUCCAUCAACAUGUCCGCGGUGGGUCCGGAGUUCUAUCGCAACUCCAUAUUCGAACAGCCCCUGGACCGAAGGGUUCUGUGUGAGCCAUCCGCCUGGGACUUUUGCAAUCGUCACGACUUCCGGGUUAAAAUCUGUACGGAUAUUAACCAGCGCAGCUUGAUUAGUGUGCACCAUGAGAUGGCGCACAUUCAAUACUUUCUGCAGUACCGUCACCUGCCCAAGAUCUUUAGAAAUGGAGCAAAUCCGGCAUUUCACCAGGCGGUGGGCGAUGCCAUUGGACUGUCCGUAUCCACUCCAAGGCAUUUGCAGACCCUGGGACUUCUGCAACGAUCCCUCGACGAGUCCAGCUAUGAUAUAAACUAUCUGUUCACCAUGGCCAUUGAUAAGGUGGCAUUUUUACCUUUCGCAUUAUCUCUGGACAACUGGCGAUACGAUGUCUUUAGUGGGAAUGCGAAUAAACGUACAAUGAACUGUCACUACUGGAAUCUACGAGAAAAGUAUUCCGGGAUAAAGCCUCCAGUUCUGCGAUCAGAAAAGGACUUCGACCCGGGAGCCAAGUACCAUAUUCCAGCAAACAUUCCCUAUAUCAAGUACUUUUUCUCCACGGUUCUGCAGUUCCAGAUCUACCGAGGCCUGUGCCGUGAGUCCGGCCAGUAUGUUCCGGGCGAUCCUAGGAAGCCGCUCCACCAAUGCGACAUUUACCGCCAGCCAGCAGCGGGAAACAUCCUCAAAACCCUGAUGUCCAAGGGAGCCUCCCAGCCAUGGCAAGAGGUCCUUGAGGAAACCCAGAGGGAGGGCCGCUUGGAUGGCACCGCUCUGCGGGAGUACUUCGCUCCUCUGGAGGAAUGGCUGCGCCAGGAGAAUCUGCGGACGAACGAGUAUGUGGGAUGGAACUACGAUGGUGACUACUGCAAGAGGAGCAUCGAAACUGCUGGCUUGCAGGUUUUUGGCGGCUAUUACAAUGCUGCGACGGGCCAAAAGUCAUCGGUAGACCUAUACCCUCUGAUCUUACUGAUUUACCUUUACUUCAGCUUAUGUUUGCUAUAAAAAUCUGUCAGUUACAAGCUAACGCUAAGAAUUUGUAAACAAAACAGUCAGACAAAGUGUUGUUCCACUUAAUACUUCCGCUUAUUCAAGUCGCACCUAUAACUAAGUUGAACUUGAAUCAAUGCCAAAAAAUACACACACACAAUUCUAAAAUUAAAUAAAUGAAAAAAACAAGCAAAUCUGACAAAUUGCCCGAGUGGCACUGGCUGCACCCUAAAAAUUGCAACAAACCGAAAAGAAACUACGCUUUUGCUCGAAUGCGGGAUACCCUUUGAUGUGGCAAUAUAUAAUAUAACAUAAAUUAUGGUGGGGAAGAUGUUUCAAGAAAGAGAUUCAGUCACCUUUUCGCACCAUUUAUCGUUAACUCUCAUAAAUUCCUGAAGGUUUUGCUGAUCCUGGCAUGCAGCAUUGUUCUUUCGAAUACCCCUCUUGCAAAACCAGUAUCCAAAUGGGCGAAGAGCUGGGAGGCAAAGGGGCAUUUGGGGCAGCUCCGAGUGGGAUGGUGUGUGCAACCCAUGCGGGUCAUUGGAACUCCGGCGUCGCACGCACAUUGCUCACUCAUUUGCUGGGCUUGUUGUUGCUGCUAUGGUUGUUGCUUGCAAUUU